UUCCCUUGCAAAGGCCAUCAUAGAGACGGAACUCGUAAAGAGACUUAUACAACUACAACUUGGUAUACUGGAAGUAGGGUGACGUUCCACAUGCAUGAUCCGGGUGCAGCUCAUUCGGGGGGCUCUUGCCAGGUAUCAUUCUCCUACGAUAACGGAGAAACUUGGAUUGUCGUUCAGAGCUGGGAGGGAAACUGCUUGCGCGUACGUAAGGGUCAAGAAGGGCAAAUUACGAACUCCUAUGACACUGACCAAAGCUACUCUUUUAUCAUUCCUACUUCCUUGCCCGGAGCAGACAUGGUUAUUUUUGCAUGGACUUGGCUGAAUUCAUCUGGUAACCGAGAGUUCUAUAUGUCAUGCUCACCUGUUCGGUUG